AAGCCAGUUUAUAGACACAUAGCAUAGAAGUCGAAUGGGUUUCCUUGGUUGCCAUCCUCAUUCGUCUCUCACGGGCUGUCUUUUCUGGUUUCGGGGAAGCUCGUUUUGAUUGCGGCUUUGGGAGAUCGUUUUGGAGGAAUAUCUAAAAUGUUCUCAGCGUGGGUGUUGUUACCUCUUCUGAUUGCCUCUCAAGGGCAAGGCUACACAGGUCCCUAUGCACCACAACAGCCAUAUCAACAAGGAUACGGAGGCCAGCAGGCACCCCAGUAUGGCUCUAACCCAGGCUACCCUGCGCAACAGCCUGCCUAUCCACCACCCAGCAGCCAGGAACAGCCUGCAUACGUGCAACCGUCUUACGCGCCCCCACAGCCGGCCUACGCUCCUCCACAACCUGCUUACGCCCCACAACAGCCUGCCUAUCCUCCUCCACAACCUGCCUACGCCCCGCAACAACCUGCUUACACUCCACAACAACCUGCCUACGCCCCGCAACAGCCAGCGUAUGCACGGCAACAGCCAGCGUAUGCACCGCAACAGCCAGCGUACACUCCGCAACCACGACAGCCGACAGCCUACCCCGCACAGAGUAAUCCUGCUGACUCCGAUGGCUUAUUUACUGACAAAGUAAAGUCAGGGUUCCCGGACAUCGGUUCCCUGAAAGGCUUUGGAAACAUUGACAACUUCGGCAGCCUGAGCCUGGGCAAGGGAAGAGCCUCAAGAUCGGACCCUUUCACAACCAAUCUUUUUGACAGUCCUUCUGCUGCGCAGUCUCUUGUUGGCAAUAGUAGAAAGGGUGAGGCGAAAGCUCCUUCCAGCCCUACGCAGUCCUACGGUGGCCCCAACCAGUAUGGAUCGCAAGCUCCUACACAAGCUGCAAGCUACCCUGGCUCUGGCCAGUCAGGCGGUGCAGGAGCUGACGACUCUAGCCCCUACAAGGCUAGCCCUUACUCACCCGAUCCUUACAGCAGGCAGCAAGGGGGCCGGCAGGCUGCACCUCAACCCUCACAGCAAUACAAUGCUCAGAGCCCUGCCCAAGGUGGCGCUCCCGGCUCCUACCCCAGCACGGGUUCAAAUCCUGCAACCCGGGGCAGCAGUCCCUUCUUUGGAAACAACUUGCUGGGCGCACAGGACGGUAACUUGCUAAAUCCAGUCUCUUCUCUGUAUCCACCUGGUCUAGAUUUCAAACAGCCAGCAAAAUCUGGGAAUCGGCUCACCAAUCCUUACUCGUCAGGGGGUCAGUCCCCGCCUUCUCCUUUCGGUAAUUCCGUUGGAUUUCAGCGUCCUGCUAGCGCUACAGCUCAAAGCGGUUACCAGGCAGGAGAAGAAGUUCCGAGGGGAACGGCAUACAACGAUGUAGAAAGCGGUAAGAGCAACAAAGUCUACAACAACCAGAACGCUUAUGGUGCAAACGGUGGCAAUUCCAAUAGUGGUCAGGGCGGUUACGACAGGAGCGGCGACUAUGCAAACCAAAAAGACACCAAGAACGCCUACAGUGAUGGGGGAUCCGGCAGCUCCGCGAACGCUUAUCAGAACCAAGAUGCCCAGACCAACAGCUACCACAACAAUGCAGCCAACAAGCAAAACUUAGGCUACGAUCAGAAUAACCAGUACAACAAGGCGAAACCGCCAGCGGUUGACGGAGUGGUAACAUACGAAGCUCCUCCCGAGUCCAAUUCAAAGGCAAACCUUCCCCCGAUCAACGCUCUUCCCUCACAGGAAAGCAGAACGUGGCACCACCCACAGGUGCGGAAUACGCUCCAAAGAAGGUAGCACCUCUCCCGCAAAAACUACCUGAAAAUGUUUUCAUUUUCCCAUCCCUUAACAAGAGACGACCAGGGCAGACAAACAUCUUCGGCAAACCAACCAAUGGCGGCGACAGAUUUUCUCCCUUCGGGAACCUUGGCGGCCUACUGUAACUGCACAGAGGCAGAUGCAGAGUAAACCACACAGAGAGGUGAACUACAGGUUAUCCGACAACGUCUUGUUAGGAAUCAGUCUUUGAUUUUCUUUAAAAAUUAUGAAGACGAAUAUUUGUAUCGGUACCUCAUUACACUUUAUAUACAUUAUCAAUUAUAUUCGGCUGACGCUAGUGUAGGUAAAAUUUAUUGAAUGCAAAGUCCUAACCACCUUAGACUUUUUGCCCCCUUUUGAAAUAAAUUUGAGAAUUCAAAUAAAAUGAGAAGACCAAAAAUC